CGGACAUGCUUAUGCUCAUCCUUCCAACAUGUUCUGGAAGCUCCUGCAUAGCUCAGGAUGUACAGAUAUCCGAUUGAGGCCCGAGCAAGAUGUCGAUUUACCCAGAUUAUACAGCAUGGGAAACACGAAUAUUGUGGCCCGGCCUUCCAGACACGCUGCCGAACUCAGUAAAGCUGAAUCCGCUGCUGGUACACCUGUUCUGGAAGAGAAGAUCCGAGCUUUUCGUCCUGAAGCUGUGUGUAUCGUUGGUAAAGGUAUAUGGGAAUCCAUCUGGCGCUGGCGACAUCAGCGCGCUAUCAGGAAAGAUGAAUUCCAGUACGGGUGGCAAAAAGAGAGUGAGCGUAUAGGCAAAACAGCAGAUUGGCCUGGCGCUGCUGUAUUCGUGGCAACUGCAACGAGUGGAUUGGCAGCAAAUACGAAACCGCAUGAGAAGGAGGCCAUUUGGCUUCCUUUUGGCCAGUGGGUGAAGAGAAGACGGCAAGAGAGAGCAGAAUCGAGAUUAUGAUGUCCUGCUGAGCAUGGUACCUCACUGCUUCCAGCUUGCACGUCCACCUUGCUGACGCUCGCUCUCGCGCGGCUUUUCAUAGGACGUCCGGAAUGUACCUACCUCUUUUUAUUCGAAUUUUGCCCAUUGGAAUUGAAUUCAACUUGAGCAACGCUCUUUCAUGUACCCUCGGUAUAUCAAGGUUGGGUGACAAUAGGAGAUGGCGGCGGCAAUAUCAAUGAAUCUAAAUCAAGCUUCGCU